GACAAUACUCGGAUACAUCCCCAAAGUUAUUAAAAAUUAGUAGAGUAAAUAAUAUUUACUGGACGUGUCAGUGCACAAAAAUUUUAUUAAAUACUACUUAAUUUAUUUAGUUUUUAAAUAAAGAUCGUAUGUGAUAUUUAGACUUAGCAAAACAUGAAAGACAACAUGAAGCCAUGCCAACACACUUUAUCGGAGGAUUUGGUGUACAAAGAAGUCGUCAUUAUUGGCAAUGGUCCCAGCGGUAUGGUGACGUCAUUCAUGCUGGCCGGCAACGUGCCAUAUCUCAAACAACCUCCUGAGGAUCUACCUAUCGACGACAUGCUUAGAGCCAGACUAUCAAACCUGCCAACCGGUCAAAGUUUGUACGACACUGAUUUGAUGGAGCUCGCAGAAGGACUAGAAGGCAGGAGUCAGAACCCUAUACCUUUAUUGAUGGACAACUUACUGCGGCCGUGCGCGGACCUUGGCCUGCAGUCCAACUCGCUGAUCGAAUGGAAGUUUGAAAUUGACAAACAGAUAGACCACGUAGUUCUCGGCCGCGGUCCCCCUGGCGGCGCCUGGCACACGUUCCCCCCGACCGUCCGCACGCUAUCCCCUGGCGCCUGGCUGUCUUUACCCCCGCACUCCGCAGCGGGGGUAGGCCGGCUCUCCGCUAGGGCUGUCGCUAAAUACUGCAGGAGAUAUGUUCAUGCGUGCAAAUUACAGCGUUUCUUUCGCUCGGGCGUGGUAGUGAGCAGCGUGCGUCUCUUGCCGCGUCCAGCCGGCCCGCCCUGCGCCGACGCAGCCUGCCCUUUGCGCGCCAAGUUCAUCGUCGAGGGGUACGACCUGUCCGAAGGGCGUGCGUUUUCGUACGCUGCGCGUUAUGUGGUGGUGGCUUGUGGCGGCGGCGACCGCCCGAACACUCUCGAGCCCGACGUGGCCAAGUACGCGCUGCACUCGCUCAGCAACAUCGAACGGGCGUUGCACGUUCUCAGUGGACAUUCGUCCGCGGCCCGCGCGUCGGUGCUGAUCGUGGGGUCGGGCGUGUCGGCGGCCGACGCCGUGUGGCUGGCGCUGCGCGCCGGCCUGCGCGCGCGCCACUUGCACCGCGCGCCCGCCGACGCCCUCGCCCGGCUCAACCCCAGCACCUACCCCGACUACUGCCAGGUGUACAAAAUGAUGUGCGACGGGCCGUCCGGAAACCAUCCAAACUACACACCAUAUCCAGAACAUGUCAUCUUGGAAGUCGUCCCGGAAAAACCAGGUUUAAACGGCCAUGACAUCGAAGACGACGCUCUACGCCCCAAAAGAGUAAAACUCCUCAACCUAGUCACGAAAGAAAUCGAAGAAAUGACCGUAUCUCUCAUAGCUGUACUCAUCGGUUCAAAACCGGAUCUAUUCUUCUUGCAAACAAACUUCAACCUAAACUGCAUUGACGUUAAGUGCGUGAAAUGCACUGACGAAACAAAACACGCGGCAAAACGGAAAAUCGAAGACGACCAAAGGCAAUGUUUCUUAAAAAACCAUUGGCAUUACCUGAAAUCCGUAUUAGGACAAAGCAUCCAAAGCUGCAAAUCUCGAUAUCUGAAUUACACAGAAAUAAACGGCAAUAAUACGAAUUGUGACAUACCGGAUUGCAACAAGAAUGACAAAUGCACGUGUAAGGUGAAACUUGAAAACGGUGCAAUCAAGACUUUGGUGGAAAAAGACUGCAGAUGCGAAAUCAUUCCUUACUCCGACCCCUUAGAGAACAAAAUUAAAUGCACAUGCCAGAUGAAUCCUUAUUCCAGUGGCAUAGGUUUUGGUAUCGAUCCCAGGAAGCCCGUUGAUGGUAGAGCAAACCCAGUAGCCAUUGAUAAGAGCACUCAUGAAUUACUCAAUGCACCAAAAGGGUUGUAUGCCUUAGGCCCUUUGACAGCUGACAACUUUGUCAGAUUCAUACCAGGAGGUGCCCUAGCCAUAGUCGCCAACAUACACAAAGAAUCCAAAAUACAGUGACUUAAUUUCAAUGUCAAACUGCACCCAGGGAAAUUGUGAUUUGCAAUACUUACUUUUUUUGUUUUUUAUUGUAAUAAAUUAUUUUUUUAUACCCCC